CUUUUAUCCAUGGUCAUGAAUAAAGAAUUGUUAAAAUAAAAGCUAAAAAGGAGAUUUGUUUAAUAGUUGCCAGUGCCGUCACGAUUGUUUAAUAAAUUAAAAAGCUUAUUUUCAAAACAAUCAACAAAUAUUUUUUGAGUAUGUUACUGCUAAAUAUUCAUUGAAUAUUAUUUUCUGUCAGUGCUGUUUUUUUGUUACUAGUUACUACUAAGUAUUAAAAUUCUAAAAUAUUUACCAUUUACUCCAAAAUAUUUGGACAUGAAAACACUGAUGUUAUGAUUGUCACAUUUACAAUACAAAUCAUAUGGUUCAAAUUCUAUGUAUUUUUACUCUUUACGUGCUAUGAUUAAUUUAAUUGCCAUAAAGUAGAAUAAAUGAUUUAAGUCAACUUUAGUAAUAAAUAGUAAAAUUAUUAUAAAAUCUUUAAUUAUGGUUAAAGUUUAAUAGGGAAGUUAUAGCGGAUAAAUUAUGAUAUAUAGACAUUUAAUAAUGAAUGUUAUCAAGAGUUUUACACCAAACAGUAUAUUAAUAAGUAAAAAAACACUUUUAAUACCUGUACCAUGUUUUUGUAAUAUUAACAUAUUGUACUCUAGUUCUAAAAUACGAGUAUCACAAAAAAGAAAAGAAUCUAUUAGAAAUGGUGAUAAUGGUCUACACAUAAAAAAAGAGAAAAUAAUUUCACUAUUGAACUUUCAAACAAAAGAUGAUGCCUCACCUUUUUAUAAACUGCCAAUAAAGACUUUACUCCAUGUAUACAAAACUACUAAAAUAGAUGACGCAAAUUUAUAUUGUAAAAAUAGAUUGUAUUAUAUUUCUUCUCAACUGAAUUACCCAUCAUCACUUCUAAGUACACAACUUGCUCGUCGAACAUUUAUUUAUAGUUUGUCCUUUAGCUGGCUCAAAAAUUCAUUAGAGGUAUUACUAGACAUGGGAGUAGAAACAGAUCGCAUUGUGAGAGAUCUAUGGGUACUCAAAUAUCAUAGUGAAACAAUACGGGAACGGUUACAAAAUGUUAAAGACAGGGGUAUUGACGUUCUUUAUCCAUGGAUGGUUAGGUGUUCUGAGGACAUUUUAAACAGAUAUGUGCAUAUGUCGCUGGAAACAAAGAACAUACUGGGAGAAACUAAAACUACUCAGAUAUAUUUAGCGAAUCGACUAAAUAUAUCAUCAAGGGAUGUUGACACAAUGUGUAGGACAAUACCAGCCCUAAAGACUAUACGAGUUAAAUAUUUUCUGGAUUUUCUGGAAGAAGAAGGCUUUCAAUUGGAAGAUAUUGCAUCAAAACCUAGAAUAUUGUCUGCUUCUCCAAAAACAGUAAAAAAGCGAUUACUACAACUACGUAAUUUAGGAAUUAGACAAAUUAACUUAAAUAUAUUAUGUAGAAGCAAAAAAAAUUACAAAAAGUAUUAUGAGUCCAUAGCUUCAAUUACCAAAAAGAAUGAGCAAGAGUAAUUAGUCAAGUAACACCAUCACUGUUUCUGAGAUGUGAUUUUUGUAAAGUUUGUUAAUUAAAUUUUGAACCAUAUAUUUUGCAU